GUAUGGAGCGAUGUUAAGCUUUUCUACACCAUCACAAAUUUUCUACUUUCUACUGUUAUGUUUCGCAAAAACUGUUGGAGCAAAGCAGCCACACAUUUUAUUUGUACUUGCCGACGAUUACGGAUACAAUGACAUCGGGUAUCAUGGAUCGGAAAUCAAAACACCAAACCUGGACAAGUUGUCAGCAGAAGGUGUCAGACUGGAGAAUUACUAUGUACAGCCGAUCUGUACACCUACCAGGAGUCAACUUAUGUCUGGGAGGUACCAGAUCCACACAGGUUUACAACAUGGAAUAAUCUGGGCACCCCAGCCCAAUGCUCUACCAAGGGACAGUCCCAUCCUUCCAGACAAAAUGAGGGAGGCUGGGUACUCCACACAUGCUGUAGGAAAAUGGCACUUGGGCUUCUAUAAGGAUGAAUAUCUUCCCUGCAACAGAGGCUUUGACACAUUUUAUGGCUAUUUGACUGGAAGUGAAGAUUACUACACAAAAUCACGAUGCAGCGGACGCAAUUUUUGUGGAAAAGAUUUACGAGACAAUUUCAAACCUGUUGUCCCCAAUCCAGAGGAAUAUUCAACAGAGAUGUAUAGCAAGCGUGUGAUAGAUUUGGUCAACAAUUACAACUCUUCCAAGCCCAUGUUUCUUUACCUGGCACUUCAAGCUGUCCACUCCCCAUUACAAGUACCUUCCAGGUAUACAGAAAAAUAUGCUCACAUCAAGAACCACAACAGGCGGAUAUAUGCAGGAAUGGUGGCAGCUAUGGAUGAAGCCGUUGGAAACAUCACAGCAGCUUUUCAGGCCAAAGGGAUGUGGGACGAUACCAUUAUGGUCUUCUCCACAGACAAUGGUGGACAGAUAUUAUCCGGUGGCAACAACUGGCCCCUUAGAGGCUGGAAAGGAUCUCUUUGGGAGGGAGGAAUGCAUGGUGUAGGGUUUGUACAUGGGAAAGCUCUACAGAAAAAAGGAAAAGUUUCUUCUCAACUCAUACAUGUGACAGACUGGUACCCAACAUUGGUAGGACUGGCAGGGGGCUCCCUAAAUGGUACCAAACCCCUGGAUGGAUUCGACCAAUGGAAAACAAUCAGUGAAGGAGCUCAGAGCCCCAGAGAAACACUGCUGCACAAUAUUGAUCCCCUGACAAAGCCUGUGGGGAACAGGUUGGAGAAGAGUCCAUUUGACAAUCGCUACAGGGCCGCUCUCAGGUGGAGAGACUGGAAGGUGAUUACAGGUAAUCCAGGAAAUGGAAGCUGGGUACCAGAGCCGACUACAGAGGAACUCAACGUGGAUGUCGACACUAGUAAUCCAAAACAGAACAUUUGGCUUUUUAAUAUUGAUAAAGAUCCACUUGAAAGACAUGACCUGUCACCAUACUAUCCAGACCUAGUGAUGAAGAUGCUGACAAAGCUGCAGCAGCUGAAUGUGACAUCUGUACCUUGUGUCUAUCCUCGGGAUGACCCUAACUCUAACCCUGAACUCCAUGGGGGCUGGUGGGGACCCUGGGAAUAGUAGAGUAUAUCAAUACGACAGACUAAUUAACUGUAACAUGAAACAGCAUGUUAAACAGAAAUCAUGUGGGAGUCUGGUUUCACCAUAUUUUAUCAUACAUGUACUAGAUAUGAAGAUUUUGUAAAAAGUAUGUCUACAGCUUUAUUAAAAUGCAUUGUGAAAAUAGCAUUUCUCGAGGAGAUAUGACUGGAUGAGACAUCUCGGAGUUAAGAUCCAGAAAAAUAAAUCAGAAAAUUCUAAAAUGUUCUAUUUUUUUACAGUGAAAUACACUUUUUUUCUUAUUGAAAGUUUUGUGAAAACCAUGAAAAUUUUAAAGUAAAGUAUUGUUACCCAGUCAUGAAAAGUAA